AUGUCUUCAAACUAGUGCCAGGCUAUGAAUUUGUUGACUGGAAAAUUUCUGAUAGACAAAAAUGGUGCAUCAAUUCCUGUGGAAGAAAUUUUGCAAGGGACUAAACUUAUUCUCCUUUACUUUGCAGCGGCUUGGUGUCCAUAUUCUAUAUUGUUCGUUGAAAAACUGAGAGCUUUGCACGAAGAAGCAAUGAAGUUUGAGCUGCCUAUCCAGGUAAUUUACAUAUCAGCAGAUAACAACGAAUCUGAAAUGUUGCAACAUUUCUCAGAGAGCCAUGGUCAUUGGUAUGCUGUGAAAUACGAUGACGACACAUCCGACGGCAAUUUCUCACCAUACCUAGUGACAUACUGUACAGUGCUGUUCUCAACAUUAUCCCUCGACUACAGGCUCUUGCGAAUGAAAUACGGCAUCACAUCAAUUCCAGUCUUACUGGUAGUACGUCCUGAUGGAUAUGUUGUGAGCAAGAAUGGCAGACGGCAAGUGGAAGACUAUGGCGUCAAUGUUUUUCUUAAAUGGAUGUGA